AUGACAUACUCGCGUCCUCACUGGGGCUGGUUUCUAUGUUUUUUCGUCCUUUCUCUCCCCCUCUUUUUUGGUUUGUUCUUUGGACUGAACUACAAAGAAAUAAUACGGAACGGUUGGCCCCUGACGACUUGUACCGUCAAUAACGCCACGCUUUCUACGCGAUAUUGUUGCUACUCAGACUGUUCACCCAAUUGUUUCACGAGCGCACCAAAUGGCGCAAGCACCUGUGGCGACCUCAUCAAUCAAUCAAUGUUGCAGCACAUGUCAGACAUGCACAACGAGUUGCUCCGAUCCAACGUUGGCAUCAUCUUGCAGUCAAUCAUGCACAUCGACGUCUGCACCCUGCGCUGCCCUACUUGCUAUUCCGUCACGCUCAUCAUGUCCUAUUCACCGUACAACGGCUAUACCCAAUCAAACGUUCCUUACACGCAAGAUUUUUCACUAGAUUCCAGCAAAGCCGAAACGUUUUUGGGGGAUCACGCAGUCAACUCCACGACUAAAUGUUUUUACAAUCCCAAAAGUUUGACAGAGCUGUCUUUGGAUGUUUCAUUCACAGCCUGGAAAUGGGCAAUAACAGCACUCUUCGGAAUGAUCCCGAUCCUCUUCGCCUUGGGAUUCACUGUUUUCCAUUUCUGUUGCCAUCCAUUAUAUGCAAUAGGUCGGCGGCUUCAGCACGGACGUCGACGCGAUUCCGGGAAACGGCGCGCACAAAACGUCACGGAGGAUGCGGAAUCUCGACCAGCGGAAACAGUGAAUGAUUCAAAUGUGGAGAAAGACCAAGAUGAGGCACCGCCACCUUAUGAGAAGGAACGAUGGUAUUUCCGUUGUAAAUGCCAGUGA